AUUUGUUGGAUGGAUGUCCUCUUAGGCAUAAUCUGUGCGCUCUUCACGUAUGGACUGUUGCUGUUCGCCGAGUAUGUGGUGAUCGAAGUGAUCAUAAUUCCCGAGCAGAACCUCAUCUACAAGACCAUCAACUUUAUCAUCUUCGAAGGCUUGGCAUUCCUGGCCCUCAGCUCACACCUCAGGACAAUGCUAACCGACCCGGGCGCUGUCCCGAGAGGAACGGCCACUAAGGAAGCGAUCGAACAGUUGGGCCUAAGCGAGGGUCAGGUGCUCUACAAGUGCCAGAAGUGCUGCUCAAUUAAGCCCGAGAGAGCACACCAUUGCAGUGGUCAGGUGCUCUACAAGUGCCAGAAGUGCUGCUCAAUUAAGCCCGAGAGAGCACACCAUUGCAGUGUAUGUCAGCGAUGUAUCCGCAAAAUGGAUCAUCAUUGUCCCUGGGUUAACAACUGUGUUGGUGAAAAUAAUCAAAAGUUCUUCGUUUUAUUCACAUUAUAUAUAGCAAUCAUAUCAUGUCAUGCAUUGAUCCUUUCGGUCACACAUUUCUAUAAAUGCAUUGAAAAUGACUGGAAAAAUUGUGGCACAACAUAUAUGGAUCCCAUAACGGGCUCCACCACAUCGGCGCCGACCCCAUGGACUAUAAUCCUAUUGGUGUGUCUGGUGUUCGAGGCGCUGCUGUUCGCCAUAUUCACGCUAAUCAUGUUUGGGGUUCAGGUGCAGGCCAUAUGGCACGACCAGACCGGCAUUGAACAGCUCAAGAAAGAGACCAAUAAUUGGCAUAAAAGGCACUCUUGGAAGAGCUUCACAUCAGUGUUCGGCAAAGGCUUUAGUCUUCAUUGGUUCUCUCCAUUUACAAGAGUAUCAGUCGGUGGCAGAGUUGAGACAAACUUCACUUAUGCCGUAUAACACCCGCUCUAUUGUAGUCUAUGGCAUACCAGUGGCCUAUUUGUGAACACAUUUUAACUUAAAGUUUUUCUAAACGAAUGUUUCGAUCGGUUUAUUUAUUUUUAUAGUUUUUAUAAGUAUUAUUAGUUUAAUAUAAUAUAGUUUGAAAUCAUUGUUUAACAGAUGAGUUGUCUCUCAUGUGAUG